AUGACGAACAUCCUGCUACGCGCCGCGAGUCGUGGUGGUUCCCUACGCGCCACCUUAACCAGACGGUUUUCCACCGACGCAUUGGUCGAGGUCAAACCCGGCGAGAUCGGAUUGGUUUCUGGAAUCCCACAAGAACACCUUCGUAGGAGGGUUUUGAUUUACUCUCCUGCUAGAACCGCUGGUCAACAAGGAUCUGGGAAUGUUGGAAGAUGGAGGAUCAACUUCUUAUCAACCCAAAAGUGGGAAAAUCCACUGAUGGGGUGGACAUCCACUGGGGACCCAUACGCCCAUGUUGGUGAUUCUGCCUUGGAUUUUGAUACUGAAGAAGCAGCAAAGGAAUUUGCAGCGAGGCAUGGUUGGGAAUAUGUGGUCAAGAAGCACCACACACCAUUGCUGAAGGUUAAGUUAUAUGCUGACAACUUUAAAUGGAAGGGUCCUCCCAAGGCUGCUGAACAGUGA